AUGAUAAUACGAUAUUUACCGCUCCUUCUUCUAUUACUCCCAUCAAACACGCUGGCAUUUUCGAAAAGUGAAACAUGUUUUUUGCGUUGCACAUCGGGAUGUAUGGCGUUUGUAGUAAGUAUUAACUUCAAUUUGAUCUUUCCCUGUCAAUUUUCAUUAGAUAAAUCAAAUAUUUAUUGAAAAAAAAGUUAUUUUUGUAAAAUAUCAAUCAUUUUUUUUUGCAGGACAGUGCAAAUAGUGUGAUUACUCAAAAAGAAUGCGAAGCAAAGUGCACACCGUACAGGUAUCCGAAUUUGUGUGUAAGUUGUCAUGAGCUAAAUUACCACGUCAUAAAAAAGCGAAAAAAAAAUAAUUUUUUUUCGUUUCGGCGUGGAACGUGAGAGAAAACGAGAGAGUGUGAGUGAAGAAGAGACGCGAGACGAAAAAGGGAUAGACUCCGCCCACUUUUUUAAAAAAAUUUUCGCGGCGAAAGUUUUUGAAUUAAAAAAAAAUUUUUUUUUUCGCUGUGAAAAAUGGGAGAAGAAGAUUGGGGGUUUUUGAAAAAUCUAGAAAAAUACAUUGUGUGCAGUAGAGCGAGUUUGCUGCUUUUGAGGUUUUUUUUCUGAAUUUUGCGAAAAAGAGCUGGGCUUAGGCUGGUAGGCUUAUACUGUUAGGUUAAGGCUGUUAGGCUUAGACUGUUUAGGCUUCGGUCUUAGGUUACGGUUUUUUUUUACUUUUAUGCAAAUUUCAGCCCACAAAGUUCUCAUCUGAAAAGAAACAUCAACAAUUUUAUUCGAAAAUCAUUUCCAAAUCAAUUAAUUCGUAACAUAGUUCUUCUUCUUCUUCUUAAAAAUCGAGAAAAACUUAACAAUCCACGAGUCUUCAUCGCUUGAACGAGAUUCCCGAUAAGUUGGACGAACAUUGACAGUUUCACGAUACUCCAUAAAGUUAGCAGUGGGUUUUUCCCUGCAUUUCCGACAAUACUUGAAAAAUAGAUAUAAUUCCUCGUGCUUUGAGCAAUAAAAAAACAUUUCUCUUUUUUUCACAUCAAUGAAUUUUUGCCACGGGUUUUUAUAUCAAUUUUUUUCUCAUGUGACACGAGAAGUAUUCGUUUUCUUUCACAAUCUUUCUGAUUGUGAGCAAAAUUACAUGUCGAAAAUUUGCAAAGAUAAAAAAUUCUAUAGUUUGUUUGGUUCAUAAAAAAAAUCAAUAUACAAACUAGAAAAACCUCAAAUCAACAUUUCCAGACAACCCCCGAAUGCUGGUUGACUUGCAAUAACUCCUUGAACAGCGCUCUAUCCCUAUCCUCCACAAAUGUCACAGUCACUUCCGAUCAUGGACUUCGAUGGACAUCGGUUCCCGGUGCAGUUUUGUAUAUCAUCGCAUAUCGACUUCAGGGGGAGAAUACGUUUCCAGAUACACAAUAUGUGGUAGGAUUUUUAAUUUGAAAAAAUUCAGUCCUAGAAUCCUUUCAGACCACGAAGAACACCAAUAUCGAUCGAAUCAAUCCGAUGAAUAUUAGUUUUUGCGCGGCUUUGGAAGUUGUGGUUAUGGCGGUUUCGGAAGAUGGGAUUGGACAUACGAGUAAUAUGGUUGAGAUGCCGGCGCCGAAGCCGAUGGCUAAUCCGAAACUUCAAUUGACUAGGAUGAGAUAUCUGGUGAGUGGGACUCUGAAGAUCAGAAUUUCAGGGGGAUUUCGAAAAUCUGACCGAUUUUUUAAUUGAAAAUCUAAGGGAAUCCUGAAUUAAAACCUUGAAUUCGGUUAGGUUAAGCCCAAGUUAGGUAAACCCCGAAAUCGUUCAGACUUACCUUCAGGCCAGACCUGGGGAAUUUUACGUUUACGUUUUUUACGUUUUACGGUUUUAGGCCUCAGAAAAAAUUGUAAAUUAAUUUUGCGAAAAUAGCACUAAUUAUAAUGAAUUUUGACAGAAUAAAAUUGAAACUUCAAAAAUAAACUCAAAAUGUUUCAAAUAAAAUUUUGAGAUAAUCCUUAUCAAUUAAUUUUUCGAUGGAAAUGGAGAAUAAUGUUGUUAAAAUUAUGUUGGAGUUACGAUAAGUUACCAAAUCCCAAUUUUUGAAGAAUUGGGAUUUGGUAACUUAUCGUUUUUUUUUUGCCACGUAAAAAUUUCCCAGGUCUGCUUCAGGACAAAAAGGAUUAGAGAAGUGAACCUUGGAACUUCUGAAAGCUUGUGAUUCCUCUGAAUUUAAAGAUUGCUUUUCAAAUACUGUUGUUCAGUCAGAACUUUAAGAUGAAAGUACCCUAACCCCUCUAUUUUCCAGUAUGAACCACUCAUCGACGAUUCCUACUCAGCCAACGGCACCAUCGAACUAACCUUCAAAUAUUUCACCAAUGACUGGCAACUCGGCGACUCCGAUCUCCAAAUCAAUCCAACCUUCCACAUGGUCUCAUGCAUCGAAGCCGAUUUGAGUCAAGGAAUUCCAGUGCCAAGUUUCAGACGGGGUGAAAAUCAGACAAUUAUCACGCGACUCGGCUCAGAUAUGAUGUAUAGGAAAUGCACAUUUAUUUAUUAUUUGCAAUCGAUUAGAAGUGAAGAGUGUGAUACAGAGACGGAAUAUACUCCAGAGAAUGGGAUCAUUCAGAAAGUUCAGAUUCGUGAGUUGAUUUUCGGGGGGGGGGGGGCUAGACUAGACUGUAGUCAUUAUAUAACUUCUUUAUUAUAGAAUGCAGUAAGGUUGAGAAUGCUCCAUGUUCAAAUAGCACAAGUUAUCCAAGCCCCAUUUGCGGUCAAGUCGAAAAUGUCAAAUUCGAACCCAUUGGUCAAAACAUUGACCUCAAAGACACAACAUCAAACAUCACUGUCAAUGUGACUUUUGGGCUGCUCUCUAGACAACCCAGAUAUCCCACAAUCUAUUAUAUUGGUGUUUAUGGUGACGCUGUUAGCUUCCCCAAUGCUGAUCAGGAACUGUUUGUUGGUGUGAAUAUCACCAAGAUUUUGGGUGAAGUGAAUAGUUGUAAGCAGUUUAUGCCGAAUGGCGAUUGUGCGGUGAGAAUUUUAUACGUUUCAAGGUUUUUACUAGAAAAUUUCACGUUUUUCUGAUUCGGGAAUUUUUUUUUGGUCACUAUUUAUGAAUAUAAGUUUUAGAUUUUUUUUUUGAAAUUUUGAGAUUUCUAGUUUUGCAGUUUGGGUUACUGUAGUCUUGAUCGUGCUCUUUGCAGUCUGGUAACUGUAGUUUCAAUUAGUGUAGAUUUUAGCAACCCACAGACCUAUUUAUUCUUGCAGUUCGGGGUACUGUAUAUAUUCAGAAUUUUUGAAUUGUUCCUGAUUUUUUCAGUGUGUCUGGAUUACUGUAGUUACUUUUGAUUAAUUUUGCAGUCUGAAGUACUGUAGCUUUGUGUUCAAUUUCUGAAAUUUGUAGUUCGGUUACUGUAGUCGCUGGAGUACUGUUAGUUCGGGAAUCAUAGUGAGUACAUUAUCUCGAACUGCAAAAAAUGUACUCAAAACUACAGUAGCCUAAACUGCAAAAAACACAUUUGAAACUACGGUAACCCGGAACUGCAAGCAAACAAUCUCAGAGCUACAGUAACCCGAACUUCAAAAUUUUUUCUCAAAACCACAGUAACCCGAACUGCAAAAUGUCGUGUGUCAAGAGAAAAAUUAUUACUACAGUAAUCUAGAAACAUAAGCUUCUUUUGUAGAUCAAAAAUAAAUUAAAUUCUAAUUUUUUUCCAGCAAGAAACCGCGAAUCACUCUCUCAUCCUCCAAGGACUCCAUCCACUCACCACCUACGGUAUCACAAUUUGCGCGGUUUUCGAUCCGCGGAAUCUGACGAUUCCGGAUAUUUUGACAAGUGACAAAUCCAUCAAACCCCGAGCCGAUUUGAUUUAUUUGAGUGAUGAUGGUAGGAAUAUUGAAUUUGUUGUGGGAAUGGAGCAUGAGCAUGAUCUAAUUAAUAUUUUUACUAACCUUAAAGUUUCUGAUGCUGUAAUUAAGCAAGAUCAAGCUUUUCAACUUCUGAACAAUACUGAUGUGGGGGAAUUUAAAGGAAUUGAGAUUUUUAAAAAUCUAGAUUACCUCGAUCACAGUCCUGAACAAAACAUGACCGAAACUAAGGAUUUGUUCAUAUGUGUUUACACGACUUGCGAUAACUCAACAACUGAUAUCAUUUAUUCGGAACAUAAUUGCACCGAGGAUUUUGAGUACAGAAAUGAAACUUUGGAUUAUUCUAACUCAUCUACAGAUGUUGUGAUAACAUCAACACUAGCACCAACUACACCGCCACCCACGAAUCUAACUUCGUCGAUAGCACCUCCGCAUGUUCCACCGAAUACUAACAUUGGUGAAUAAUCUGGGGGGGGGGGGUGAUAUUCAAAAAAAAAAUGCUAACAUGAGCAAUCUAAAAUUUAUAGGUUUUUUAGCAAAAAAAAAGUUUAUGAGCAAUGUUAAAAAAUAGAACGUACAUUUGUUUUCGAACGUCUUGAAAACGUCUCCUAGCAUGAGCAAUGUAAAGAAUAUUUAACAUGAGCAAUCUUAUUAAUCACUGAUUUUCAGCAAAACAGGUUAACAUGAGCAAUGUUUUUGAAACCACUAUUAAGUGUUUUAUUUUAAUUAGGACGUUUUGAAAAUUUCCUAAUUUUUUUAAUCAAACAUUAUUUAUUUUUAGCAAAACAUGUUUAACAUGAGCAAUAUCACUCAUUUUUCUUAAUUGUAAAAAAAUUUAAAAAUUAAAAAUUAUUAAUAAAAUAUUUUUAACGUGAACUUUUUUAAAUUUCCAACCAGACUUUUUCAAAAUUUUCAUUUCGAUUUUUUCCAAAAAACUCUAGUUUUAAGGUUUUUCUAACACCACCUAAUUUUUUACACUAACCAACCCUAAACCUAAUUUUCUACCAACACUAACCAUUAAAACCCCUAUCUCAAUCUCUUCCUUUUUCCAGAAAGUUCCGAAAAAACUGGGCUGAUUGUUGGCGUCACAAUUUCGGCGGUCAUUGUUGCCAUUUUCCUCGUCGCCGUUUUGAUCUAUUAUUUGAGGAAUAAACAUCGCAAACAGGAGAAAUUGUAUAAAUUGAAGAUUGCUCAGAUUGAGCACGAUAAGGCGAGAUAUGUCGAUUUUCCGAUCACGGCGGCGAAGUGAGUUUUGAGCGGGGGAAAAAACAACAAGCUUGAGCUGAACUUCAGAAGCUCAGGCUCGUUAGGUUCAGCCUGAACUCUUUAGGCCUAAAUCUAGGCCAUCCAAUUUCCAAUUUCAGACACGACAUUUGGGAAAUCGAGCGUCGCAAUCUGAUAAUCCACACCGACAAAAAACUGGGCUCCGGCGCCUUCGGUGCAGUUUAUCUCGGAAGACUCAUCGGCAAAUCGCUGGCCCACAAAGACGCCAAUUCACCGCUUGGCAUCAACCUGAUGCGCGCUGAAAAUUGCGAAGUUGCCGUCAAAAUGCUACCCGAAUUCACCGAUGACAUGUCGAAGAGUGAAUUUUUACGCGAAAUCGGGCUGAUGAAGACGUUAGGUUAUCAUGAGCGAUUGGUGAAUAUGUUGGCGUGUAUCACCGAUUCUGAACCGUUGUGUUUGGUUGUGGAAUAUUGUUCGGAUGGAGAUCUUUUGCAAUAUCUUCGAAAUCGCUGUAAAUAUAUGAUGAAACUUGAUGAGGCUGGGGUGAAUUAUCACGAUCCACCAGUGGAAAAUAAUUAUGAUCCAAGUAUGAUCAUCACAAUCAAACAACUUCUUCAAUAUGCUGUGCAGAUAUCUUACGGCCUCGAAUUCCUUUCGCAAAAAGGAUUUGUUCAUCGAGAUGUUGCGGCGAGAAAUGUGUUGGUUCACGAGGGAAAAUCGUGUAAGAUUGGAGAUUUCGGAUUGUGUCGAUAUAUUUAUGGAAGUUCAUCGCAGUAUAAGAGUAAAGGGGGAAGACUUCCAUUGAAGUGGAUGUCACCAGAAGCGAUAAGGAAUUAUGAAUUCUCGUCGAAGAGUGAUGUUUGGUCGUUUGGAAUUCUGCUUUUUGAGAUUAUAACUUUGGGAGGCUCGCCGUAUCCUGGAAUGCAUCCCGAGGAUGUUUUGCCGUUUUUGGAGGCCAAGGGUAGGAUUGAGCAACCCGAUAAUUGUCCGGAUAAUUUGUGAGUUUCGGGGGAGGGGGUUUGGAAAGUUCAGAGAAUUUUUCCCCCAAAAAAAUCAGAGCUUUUUUCUUCGGGAAAAUUUUUUAGAGAUUCAUUUUGAAUUUUCAAGAAAUUUUUUGAAAAUUUAGAAUAAUUUUGCAAAAUUGAAUAAUCUUGAUUUCUUGAAAUUUGGAAAAUUAAUCAGAUCGAAAAAUGUUUUUUUUCUAAAAAUUUUGUGAAUUCUGAAACUCGGCAAUUUUUUCGGUACAGAUUAAAAUGUUUUCAAAAUUUUAUGACGUGGCAGAAUUCUGAUAUUAUUCUAGACCAGAUAAGAUUUGGAUACAAUUUUCCUGAAACUUGCAGUAAAUCUCAACUUCUGAAAAUUUGCCACGUCAUAACAAUUUUGAAUUAUAAAUUUUCCAGAAUCUCAAAAAAAUUAGGAAAACUUUUGAACAGAAAAAAUCCAUGAUCUAUAAUUUUCAUUUUUUUUUCUAGAAAUUGGAAUUUGAAACUUUGCCACGUCAUAACAAAUUUGAACUAUAAUUUUUAUGACCUGCCUAAAAUAAAAUCUAGAAUUUUUCUAAAACGAUGAAAGUUUCAGUUAAAUUUUGAAAUAAUAUAGAUGUUUCAAAGACUUUCUGGAUUUUCUGGAAUUUUUGAAACAUUUUUCAGAAUCUCAAAAAAAUUAGGAAAACUUUUUAACUAAUUUCAGUUUUUUUUAGAAAAUGAAAUCUGAAAAUUUGCCACGUCAUAACACUAAUUUUGAACUUUGAAUUCAAAAUUCUGGAAAAAACUUAAACUUAAAUUUCCAAAAAAAAACCCUUUGUGCCACGUCACAACCUCCAAAAUUUUGCAGCUACGAAAUAAUGCUCGAAUGCUGGCACUCGGAUCCAGACGAGCGAAUCGAGUUCUCCGAAAUCCGUCACAAACUCGCUUCGCAACUCGAAGAAAUCACCGAAGACUACAGUUAUUUGACACUAGACGCCGCUAAAGACUAUUAUAAUGUGCAAUAUGGAGAGGGAGAGGUUAGUUGGUAGAUCAAAAAAAAAUUUCUGAAAUUUUCAGUGCUGACAUGAAGUUCAUAUAUUUACAGAAACAACAAAUAUCGAUUACAAAAUGA